AUGUAUCGGAAGUUGUCUAAGUUAGAACACUCGGAAAUAAAACAACUUCUUACAGAAGCUAACAUAGAAGUAGCAAAGCAUUACGCAACAAACAAAAAAGCACUCGCUGACAUCCUCAAUGACUAUAAUGGUGCAAUAAGUUAUGAUAGAAUUCAUGAGUUCAUAAAGCCGCAACGCGGCGAGGACGAAGUCCAUGCAAGAGCAUUUCCUUUAAAUGACGUUGCUAUUGACUUAUAUCAUAGACGUUCAGUACCUCAUGAAGUAAGAAGAGAAAUGUUUGACAUAACAAAUGCGAACGUUGGUCAUACUCGUAAAACUCUUUCGCAUGAUGUUCGUCAAGAGAUGUUUGACAUAACAAAUGCAAACGUUGGUGAAACACGAAAGAGAGACGACACACUGAAACAACAGAGAAGAGAGAUGUUUAAGAGCGCUAUAGAACAAGUUCGCAAAGCUAACGAUGUCAUUCGUUCCAUUGACGACAAACCAAAAGAAGGUGAGAGAUGGUUAAAGAAAGAUGAAGAGAAUAGGAAGAGAAAUGUGAAGUCGGGCAAUAGACUCAUUGACUUUAACAUCGAAGCUUUAGAUGAACCAAACAGAGACUACUUACACAAACAUUUCGGUAAGGUUUUCAUGAGACUCUUAGAGAAGAUUAAAAUAAACUCCCAACAAAGAUGGAUGGUAUGUUAUAAACUUGGUGGAAAGUAUGAAUGUUCUACGUUAAACCUCAAUAAUAUUGGAACAUUACUACAUCAGCUCUUGAAGGAGAACUUUAUAUCAGAGAUAGAAGCAAAUGCUGCAGGUAUUGUUGA